AUGCUACCCCGGGCGCUAUUGGUCGAUCGCUGUCCCCUUCUCCCCACAUUCCAAUCCGCUCCUCCUCCCCUUCUCCUGCUCGCUCUUCCUCUCCCCUUCCCCCCUCCUCUCUCUUCAAAUCCCCCUCCACCUCUGCUUCUUCCUUCACCUCACCUCCCCCCUCUGCUCCUCCUGCUGAUGCUGCUUCUUUCACUGCUGCAGCCUCCUGGAAGCUUCCUCAACGUGCCACAUCCCCAUCUCGAACCUCUCCAUCUCCAACCUACUCUCUCCGAACCUCCCUCGCUGCUUCGGCCCUCGGGGCAUGACGUGGGGCAUGACGUAGGGCAUGACGUAGGGCAUGACGUAGGGCAUGACGUAGGGCAUGACGUAGGGCCUGACGUGGGGCAUGACGUAGGGCAUGACGUGGGGCAUGAGUUGGGGCAUGAGUUGGGGGAUGAUUUGGGGGAUGAUUUGGGGGGAGGUGUGUUUCUCCCAUCAACCCUCGACUCCCCACCACCGAUUGCCAUCCGCCAGGGGCCUGUAAGGCGGCUGUUUGGGGGUGGUGAGAGCACGGCAGGGGAUGCAGGGGGCGUGGGAGGUAUAGGAGGAAUGGGAGCAGGAGGAGUGGGAGGUAUAGAAGGAAUGGGAGCAGGAGGAGUGGGAGCAGGAGGAGUGGGAGCAGGAGGAAUGGGAGCAGGAGGAUUGGGAGCAGAAGGAGUGGGAGCAGGGGGCAUGGUUGGGCUGUUUGGGGAUGGAGGGGGCAUGGCAGGGGAUGCAGGGGGUGCGGGUGACUCAAGAAUGGUAAACGGCCUGGAGAUUGGUUCUAACGAGUUGACUUUUGAGUCGACUCAAAAGAUUGGUUCUAACGAUGGUAUGGUGUACUAUAGGAGCCAGUGGGGAGGGGAGGAGGGAGGAGAGGAGGAAGGGGGGGAGGAGCAAACGGAGCAAACGCAACCAGCCAUGUAUUACGAGGGGUUGACGUCUCACGUGGUCUAUGGUGCUGCAGCAGCAGCUAAUGCUGAGGCAUUUCAAAAGCCAACUGGUGGGAUGGUGCGAGCAGGGGCAGAGGAAUGGCAGGGACCACAGAGUGCAGCAGGAGAGGUUUCUGGUGGGAUGGAGGAGUGGGAGCGGCAGCAGAGUGCAGGGCUGAGAGUAUCAGGUGUGCCAGCAGGAGCAGGAAUGAGCAGCAGCAGUGGGUACGGACGUGGGGGGUAUGAAAGCGGAACGGACAUUAUGCCAGCUGGCAUGGCAGCAGGUACGGCGGCAGGCAUGGCAGCAGGCAUGGCAGCAGGUAUGGUGGCUGGCAUGGCAGCAUACGAGUCUAACAGGACAACAGGCUCGGAAGUAGCCAUGGCAGGUGGCAGCAGGAUGCAAGGCAUGGGUGGUCAUGCAGGUGGCAUGGCUUGGUCUCAUGCCGCAUGGCAUGGCAUGGUGACCUCUCCUCCUCCUGCUGUAUGGCAUGGCAUGGUUGGGUCCCCUCCUGCCCCACACUCAGCACACUCAGUGCAGUCAGGGCUGCCAGUUGCUCUUCCACCUUGGCAGAUGGGAGUAACACCUGUCACUGCUACAGCUGCCGCUGCUGUUCCUUCUGUUGCCGCUGCUGCUGCGCCUGCCCCCUCUGCUGCUGCAGCUGCUUCUGUCCAUUACACCGGGGCUACUUUUGGAGCCCAUGCCGUGCCUGAGAUGUGGUCCAGUGUUCCUUCCCAUCCUGGAGGUUCGGCUGGUCCGGAAGCCUGGCCCGGGGCUGUCGUGCUUGGUCCGGAAGCUGCCGCUUCAGCUGGCUGGAGUUCCCCGGAGGGGUAUGCAGGUUCGGCAGCCCCUUGGGCAGGUAUGGGAGGGCAUGCUGGUUCAGGUAUGUGGUCCUGUGUGAGUGAUGGUAUGGUAGGUGGUACUGCAGUUGUAGCGGGGGUAGCGGGAGGGGUGUGGGCAGGUAUGGGGGAAACGGGUGUACAUGGUGUGACUGUUGGGAUGGCGCCAGGUGGGAUGAUGAUGGGUGGAUAUGGUAUGCAUGUGCAUGGUGUUGGGGAGGAGGAUGGAGGUUUUGAUGGGAGUGGUGGUGGGGGGGUUGGAGUUGCUCCUUUGCAUUGUCCUGUAUGUCAUGGUUAUCUUGCCACGUCUGCUGCUGACUUGACUGCUCACUUGGAUCACUGUGCUCGUUACAAUCAUUAG